UUUUUCCAAACCGCGCAAGUCCGGUUGUAUUCUGGGUAAAAAAAAGAAAAAAGAAUGGAUACAUCGACUAAGAAGAAGAAAAAGAAGGAAUGGAAAUUAUGUGACAAAUAAAUGAGCCGACGCGAGUUUGCUGUGCGAAUGCGUUAGAAACAGCGAGGAUGAAGGUGAUGGUGCGUUUUAUGUUGUCUUAAUGGUGCCUAAGUGGAUAUUUUUCGCCUCGAAGCUGCGGUGCGUUCACGUACCGCGAGGAUGCUUUAAAAUAGAAACAUGGGCUGAAAUAAAUGACAGGUUCAACUAAAGAAGGAGGCACCAAUGAUGGAGGCUGUCAUCAUGUUGGCGUUUCUUUCCAGAGGAAUAUUAUGUGACUCUUUGACAUUUCAUUAUUAUUAUUAUUAUUAAUAAUGAUAUGAGGAUGAACAGCACGGUGACGCCAUCAGACCUGACGGAUGUGCCCAAGCAGGUGAACUUGAACGGCACCCAGGCGUCACACGGCCCCCCGACAUGGGCGCUCAUCCACACGACCACGUUGACCUUCUGCUCCCUCCUCCUCGUCUCCAUCUUCUUCCUGGGUUCCUACGGCAACCUGGUGGUGUUCCUCUCCUUUUUCGACCCGGCCUUCCGCAAGUUCCGCACCAACUUCGACUUCAUGAUCCUCAAUCUGUCUUUCUGCGAUUUGUUUAUUUGCUGCGUGACGGCGCCCAUGUUCGCGCUGGUGCUCUACCUGGACGCGGGCGGCGGGGACGGCGUGUCCAAGAGCUUCUGUUUCGCCUUCCACCUGACCAGCUCCGGGUUCAUCAUCAUGUCGCUGGAGACGGUGGCGGUCAUCGCCCUGCACCGCCUGCGGAUGGUGCUGGGCCAGCAGCCCAACCGCACCGCCUCCUUCCCGUGCACGCUGGCGCUCACCGCCCUGUUGUGGACGUCCAGCUUCACCAUGGCCGCCCUCCUCACCAUGCGGGCGUACCCGCGCAGGGACGGCCCCUGCCUGCCCCACUUCGGUCUCGGAGGGGGCCGGGCCCGGCUGGUUCUGUACGCCUACCUUGCUGACUUCGCCUUUUGCGUCGCCGUGGUGACCGUGUCUUAUCUGAUGAUCGCGCAGACCCUGAGGAAGAACGUCCAAGUGAGGAAGUGUCCCGUCAUCACGGUGGCUGCCAGGUGCACGCCGCCUCUGGUCGCCACCGGCUUCGAGGGGGUGCAGUGCGGCUCCCAAGGCCCCCCGUUGUACCGGAAGCUCCAGAACGUAAAGACGCACUCUUACCCCAACCAACCCGUGGUUCCGGGGGCGGCACAGGGAGCCACGUGUUGUCAGCUGGUGUCUACGGUCAACUUGGCCACCGCCAAAGACUCCAAAGCCGUGGUCACCUGUGUCGUCAUCGUGUUCUCCGUCCUGCUGUGCUGCCUCCCGAUGGGGGUGUGCUUGGCGCGGGACGUCCUGUCGCCCGAGAGCAGCUUCGCGCACCACCAGUUCGAACUGUGCAGCUUCGUGCUCAUCUUCCUCAAAUCGGGCAUCAACCCUUUCGUGUACUCGCGCAACAGCGCCGGCCUGCGGCGCCGCGUCCUGUGCUGCGUGCACUGGGCGGCGCUGGGCCUGCUGUGCUGCAAGCAAAAGACUCGCCUGCACGCCAUGGGCAAGGGCAGCCUGGAGGUCAACCGGAAUAAAUCCUCGCAUCACGAGACCAACUCGGCCUACGUGCUCUCGCCCAAGGCCCAGAAGAGACUGGUGGACCAGGCUUGCGGGCCGAGUCAGUCCAGGGAAUGCGCCGCCAGCCCUAGAGGUGGGCGCAGGCCCCGCCCCGCCAGCACGUCCACGCCCAUCAACACCCGCAUCGAGCCGUACUACAGCAUAUACAACAGCAGUCCGUCGGCAGGGCCCAGCUCGCCCACCAGCCUCCAGCCUGCCAGCUCACAGACGUUCGCCUUUGCCAAGUCCUACGUCGCCAUGCACUACCACACCCGUAACGACACGCUGCAGGACUUUGACAGCACCUCAGUGCAGCAGAUCCCCGCCCCCUCAGACUGAACUUUCACUUGGGAUCUGUUGUGUUCUGCAGCAAGAAGGUUGUGGGUUCGAACCUCGAUAUUGCUGAGUGGAGUGUUCUUGUGCUGGAGUUUGUUCUCUCUGGGAAUGCCAAGUGGUUCCCAUAAUGAAUUUAAUUGAAUUUUAUUUAAUACAAUUUUAAAAUGUAAUUAUACAAUUUUUUGUGUUUAAAAACAUUUUUUAUAUUAACAUUUUUGUUUAUGAUAAUAAUACAUUUAAUUUAUAAACGCCUUUCAAAAAUACCCAAGGACACUUUACAGUAUAUAACAGGGGUGUCAAACAUACAGGUUUUUUCCGGCCCACGGAUAAAGUAUAACAAUUAACCUGCAAUUUUUGAAUGAAAGAAACAGCUGUUCUAAAAGUGUCCACGAGAUGUCGCAAGAGCGAUUCUUUGUAUCUUUGUAGAUCAGGCCUGGGCAAUUAUUUUGACUCGGGGGCCACAUUUAGAGAAAAAAAUGUGUCUGGGGCUGGUAUAUCUAUUUUUAGGAACACUAAUACAAAACCUCACAAUAAUGUCUUGAUUGAAUGCUAAAAAUGUUAUGACAGACCGCCUUAAAAAACGUAAUGGAAUUCAAAAUUUUUCUAUGAACGAUAAAACACUGAAUAUUGACCAAAUAUGAACGUCACACCCCCUUUCGAUCGACAUAUUUUACAAUCAAGUGAAACGCAACAAAACAGUGAAAUAUGAACAAAAUAAACCCACCUACAAUCUGAUAUUUGCUGAAUUUCCCCCAGGGAUCAAUAAAGUACUUUCUAUUCUAUUCUAUUCUAUUCUAUAUAUCACUAAGCUUUAGAACUUUGUUGUGAAAAUAUCCUUCCGCGUCUGUGGAAACGCUUCCCGCCCACACUGCUUGGUGCCUCAUGUGAGCUGCUGUGACGUAGAUUACCAUAGUAACUAAUUAGAUGACCAUAGUAACUGGUAAAUCAUCCAUAAGCACAGAUUCCAACCAUUGAAAUACUUUGUAUAGUUGAAGACUUACAGUCAUUAGAAAACAUGACUGCACAUCAUAAUGGCAGCUACAGAUUCCACCUUAAAGAUCUAAAAAAAUGAUUUGGGAAUGUCCGGCGGGCCAGAUUGAAAAGGUGUGUGUGGCCCCCGGGCCUUAAUUUGCCCAGGUCUGUUGUAGAUGAUGCUGAGUAUGUACAAAAUAAACCACAUGAUGUAAGUACAUCAGUCGAGGAAAAUGAUCAAACUACAUAAAUAAAAUACUGUAAUUUGAUUUUGAGAUCAUUUUUUAAUCUUGAUAGAUUGAAAAUUAACACCAAUGAGUUGACUGAUGAACAUUAUCACAUAAUGUAUUCAGAAAAUAUAAAUUAUUAACCGCAACAUGUAAGUGUAAAAAAAACCCCAACAUUAUGGUUUGUACAUUUUCAGAAUGUGUUUGUUCUAUUUUUAAACAAAGAAAACAAUAUGAAGUUGUCUUUAUUUUUAAGUUAUCGUGCCGUGAUUUUACCAGUCCCUUCUGGGCCUUGGCCACUUGGGAGUAGAUUUUUCUCCAUGUGGCCCCCGAUCUAAAAUUAGUUUGACACCCCUGGUAUAUAAACAAUAUAAAACAACAAAGGGUACUGUACUUUAUAUCCUUACAUGUGAACCAUCAGUUUUCCACUUUACAUAUGGAUAGCAAUUUUGAGGCCUUGAUACACGCACACACACACCCCUAUUACUUCAGACAAUGCAGUAGAGUAGGCAACCACCAUGUGUGCCACCAGGCACAAAAUAUGUAUCAGCUGUGUACUAUGUACCAUAAGAGUUGUUCAACAAAACAAUUAGAAACUAAACUAUAUUUUCAUUAUCGUGGGCCUGCCACAUUAUUUUUAAUGUGACUCAUCACAUAUUUAUGUGGCCCAUCACCGCAUUUAAGGUGGUGUGGCCCGCAACAUCAUUUCAGUGGCCUUAUCCAAUAUAUCGACUGGUGAGAAACAAUUAUAAACUACAAAAAUAUUAUAAACUUAGUAAUUGACAACUUUCAUAUGUUUUUCGCAUCCAUCCAUUCACUUUAUUUUGGACUUAUGAACAUGUCAUGACAACAGUGAGGUAAUGGAACCCUGAAAUUGGCUGUAAUGUGUAAAUGCUUGUUUGGUGUGUCAGACAGGAUAGACCAGGGGUCACCAACGCGGUGCCCGCGGGCACCAGGUAGCCCGCCGGCCUGUUCUAAAAAUAGCUCAAAUAGCAGCACUUACCAGUGAGCUGCCUCUAUUUUUUAAAUUGUAUUUAUUUACUAGCAAGCUGGUCUCGCUUUGCCCGAUAUUUUUAAUUCUAAGAGAGAUAAAACUCAAAUAGAAUUUGAAAAUCCAAGAAAAUAUUUUAAAGACGUGGUCUUCACUUGUUUAAAUAAAUUCAUUAUUUUUUUUUACUUUGCUUCUUAUAACUUUCAGAAAGACAAUUUUAGAGAAAAAAUACAACCUUAAAAAUGAUUUUAGGAUUUUUAAACACAUGUACCUUUUUACCUUUUAAAUUCCUUCCUCUUCUUUCCUGACAAUUUAAAUCAAUGUUCAAGUAAAUUUUUUUUUUUUUAUUGUAAAGAAUAAUAAAUACAUUUUAAUUUAAUUCUUCAUUUUAGCUUCUGUUUUUUCGACGAAGAAUAUUUGUGAAAUAUUUCUUCAAACUUAUUAUGAUUAAAAUUCAAAACAAUUAUUCUGGCAAAUCUAGAAAAUCUGUAAAAUCAAAUUUAAAACUUACUUCAAAGUCUUUUGAAUUUCUUUUAAAAUUUUUGUUCUACAAAAUCUAGAAUAAAUAAUGAUUUGUCUUUGUUAAAAAUAUAGCUUGGUCCAAUUUGUUAUAUUUUCUAACAAAGUGUAGAUUGGAUUUUAACCUAUUUAAAACAUGUCAUCAAAAUUCUAAAAUUAAUCUUAAUCAGGAAAAAUGACUAAUUUUAAGUUUUUCUCUUCUUUUUUUCAGUUGAAUUUUGAAUUUUAAAGAGUCGAAAUUGAAGAUAAACUGUUUCAAAAUUUAAUUGUAAUUUUGUUCGUGUUUUCUCCUCUUUUAAACCGUUCAAUUAAGUGUAAAUAUCAUUAAUUACUAAUAAUAACACAGAGUUAAAGGUAAAUUGAGCAAAUUGGCUAUUUCUGGCAAUUUAUUUAAGUGUGUAUCAAACUGGUAGCCCUUCGCAUUAAUCAGUACCCAAGAAGUAGCUCUUGGUUUCAAAAAGGUUGGUGACCCCUGGGAUAGACUGACCCUUAUAAAUCACCCGGGAUAGGCUCCAGCUGAUCAUGAACAGGAUGCGCAGUGUAGAAGAUGGAUCCAUGGUGGACAGUGACGUAAAGAUCAAAAUAUUUUUGCUGUGUUUUUUGGGGUAUUCCUGAUGUUCCUAUGAAUCUAACAGCUGUGUUGCACAACUGUGGGCUGCUAAAACCUGACAUCGGAGGCCUUCAGUGCACACACAAGGCUGUAGUUGACUUUUCGGCUUUUUAACACGUUUAUUUGUGAACCCCAUGCACACUUUUUAACACAAUAAAUGUUUGGCAAGUGCCGUGCUGCUUUCUUUUCAAAUGAAGCUCAUUUGUGAAGUAGUUGUUAUAGC